AUGCCACGCCAUAGUAAAAACAAUACAGCACUUUCAUUCUUCACGUAUGCUGAAGGCAAGGCAUUAAACUAUGGUACAAAAAGGCAACGGUUAGGCCGAGAUUCGAUGCGAGAAUUUGAUGCAUGUUUUCUUUGUCUUCAAAGGGCCCGGGAUCCUAUAUGUUGUGAACAGGGUCAUCUAUAUUGUAAAGAGUGCAUACUAGAAAAUCUUUUAGCUCAAAAGAAAGAAAUCCGACGCCAACAAAAUUUAUUGGAAGCAAGAGCAAAGGAUGAACUUGAAGAAUCUAAAAGGAAAGAGCAAAUGGCUAAAGAGGCAGUAAUCCAUGAUUUUGAGAGGCAACAAGUUCGAAUUGCACCAUCCGGAUCCGGAUCAAAAAUGGAGGAUUCAACGAAAGCAUCAACAGAUGAUUCAACAAAAAUAACAGAUAAUUCUACGAAAACAAUUGAUAAUGGGAAAUCACCAGACUCUACAAAAAGUAUUAAAGCCAUAGAGAGUGGCGAAACAUUGCAAGAGUUUAUAAUUAUAGCCGGAAAAAAGCGUGAAUUUCGUCUUGAUGAGGAGGAAGUUGAAGCAAUAGCUAUACGUGAACAACAAGAAGCAAUGAAAAGAUUAGAGGAGGAACAGGUGGCAGCAUCUAAACCAAAAUUGCCUAACUUCUGGUUGCCGUCGCUUACUCCAUCUGCGGAUCCUGAUAAAAUAAAAUCCGUGAAACUGCAGACAAUGUGUACCGCUUCUGAUCCUGAACAUCCAUUUGGAGUGAAAAAUUUCAUACCGACAAAGUUUACUGAAGAUAUAGACCCCAAUACUAAAAAAACUAGUUUUGUUUGUCCUUCAUGUCGUAAAACCUUAACAAACUCAGUCAAGAUUUGUUUAAUGAAACGUUGUGGACAUGUAAUUUGUAAGGUUUGUGUUGAAAAAUUUGUUAAAAAUUCCAAGCAAUGUUUUGUUUGUGGUGAAAAAUGUCGAAGCAAAGAUGUUGCAGAUAUGUCGGGUGAAGGUACUGGAUUCGCGAGUGGUGGUGGUCCAGUGAUGGCAGAACGUUUCGAUGUUGCAUUUCAAUAA